GAGAGAGCAAAGCAUCUUUUCCCAAUUUCUCUUUUCUUCUUUUGUAUCUUCUUUCUUCACAAACUCGGUUUUACUCUCUUUCUUUAUCCAGCCGCUUUAUACACGGGAACUUACAACACAACACGCGAAUAAAGUAGCAGAAUAUAUCAAUCAUGGUACUCGAGUUCAAACCGCCAUACACUGUUAAGGUGUCCGAAGAAACACCCGGCGAAACACCAGUGAUGCGACAUUUCUUGUUCAAGGACAAGCUCGUCGACUCGUUGGAUGGCACCGCAAAAACAAUGUGGGCCCUGUAUCUUCACGGCAAUAAAGCAGGAGGAGAUGGUCCUUUUCUGGGUACUCGACGCAUCGAAAAUGGUGUCGCCAAGGAAUAUGUAUGGCAAACGCAUCGACAAGUGCGCGUCCGUAUCGAAAACUACGCCAAAGGAUUGACGUGUCUUGGCCUGGAGCGACAAAAGGCCGUGGGUAUUUACAGUGUCAACAUGCCCGAAUGGACCAUGACGGAGCAGGCCUGCUACCGUCAAUCAUUCAUCAUUGUGGCUCUUUACGACACCUUGGGUGCCGAGGCCAUGGACUAUAUCGUCAACCAGGUCGAGAUGGAAUUCAUUGUUGCAAGUGCUGACAAACUCCACAACAUUGUCCGACUCAAGGGACGGCUCCCGACGAUCAAGACAGUUAUUAUCAUGGAUGAGGAGAAUAUCAAGGCUGAGGAUAAGGAGGCUGCUCAGCAGGCAGGAUUGGCUGUCCUUGGAUUCAAAGGAGUGGAGAUACUAGGCGAAGGUAUCACGGAAGAAGAACGCGUCGAGCCCGAGCCUGAGGAUAUUGCAACCAUUUGCUAUACUAGUGGUACGACGGGAACGCCCAAGGGUGCCGUUAUCACUCACGCCAACUGUGUUGCUCCAAUUGCUGGCAUUGACAAGCUCGGAGGAGCAAAUAGCUUUGCCAAGAUUGAUCACACCGAUGUUUAUAUUUCGUAUUUGCCUUUGGCCCACGUAUUUGAGCGUGCUGCACAGGGCGUGCAUGUGUUCAAGGGCGCUGCUAUUGGUUAUUAUCAGGGCGAUACCUUGAAGCUGUUGGACGAUAUCGCCGAGUUGCGACCUACUGUGUUCUGUUCAGUGCCCCGUUUGUUCAACAAAAUCUACGACAAGGUUUUGGCAGGUGUCAAGGCCAAGGGCGGGGUCAGCCAAUACUUGUUCAACACUGCAUUCAAUCAAAAGAAAGCCAAUCUCAACAAAUCUGUCCACCAUUGGCUCUGGGACCGUGUUGUCUUUGGUCAGGUUCGUGCCAAGCUCGGCGGCCGCAUCAAAUUCAUUCUCAGUGGCUCAGCACCCGUUUCGCCAGAUGUGAUGGAUUUCAUGCGUAUCUGUUUUUCUGCACGGGUGUUUGAAGGUUAUGGUCAGACUGAAAACUUCUGCGGAGGCUGCUUGACCAUACAAGAUGACAACACAUCGGGCAUCGUUGGUGUACCAUUCCCUUGCUCUGAAUUCAAAUUGAUUGAUGUACCAGAUAUGGAUUACCGGUCAACGGACAAACCUUAUCCACGCGGUGAAAUCUGCAUACGCGGACCUUCGAUCAUGCGUGAAUACUACAAGGUGCCCGAUAAGACGGCCGAGACCAUCAAUAGCGACGGUUGGCUGUUGACGGGCGACAUUGGUCUUGUUGAUGGAGCUGGUCGUAUCAAGAUCAUUGACAGAAGAAAGAACAUCUUUAAGCUGUCCCAGGGAGAGUACAUUGCCCCUGAAAAGAUCGAAGGCGUGUACCAAAAGCAUGAAUUGGUUGCACAAGCCUUUGUCUACGGCGAUUCAUUGCAACCCUCUCUGGUUGGUAUCUUUGUCCCUGACAAGGACAGCUUGAAAAGCUGGGCUGCUAAGCAGGGUCUGGGUGACAAGACAGCCGAGGAAUUGUGCGAGUCUGAACAAGUCAAGAAGGACUAUCUCAAGACAGUGACGGCCUAUGGCAAGCAGAAUGAUCUCAAGGGCUUUGAGCAAAUCAAGUCUGUCUACUUGACCAUGCAGGAGUUUGCCGUCGAGAAUGAUAUGCUCACUCCCACUUUCAAACUCAAGCGUGAAGUGGCACAAAAGGUGUACCGAGAGCAGAUUGAUACGAUGUACAAUGCGUUGUCAAAUGGAAGAGCUUUCAACUAACGAGUGUAGUGCGAAAUUUCCACCUUUUCUCUGUCUCUAUUCUCGUCUUUCUAUAUAUCCUACUACAACCAUAUCGCACAUUAUUGCUACCGCUACCCUAUCUUCUCUUUUGUUUCUGACUUCUUUUGACCCAUCAACAUAACUCUUCCUAUGCAUAUUCAUAAUAAUAAUAAUAAGAGUAUCUAUAUACAAACCGUAUCUCUUUUUUCUGUCAUUAAAGCAUCAUCAUCAUCGUCAUCAUGCAAGUGAUAUAAGG